AUGGUAAGUACUUUAAUAUCUUUUAGUCUAAGGGCAAUAUUUUGUAAAAUUAUAGAAGUUUUACAACAAAAUGCAAUGUUAAAUUCACAAUAUUAGUGUUUAUUGGUAUAAUGUUUUCUAUUUUAGUCGUUUUUUGGAUUUGGGCAAUCCGCGGACUUGGCGAUUACUUUAGUAGAUGAAGCUUCACGUAAGACAGCUUCAAUAAGGUCGGAAGAUGGUGGACAAGAGACUCAUUACCUGUUUUUCGAUGGGGAGACAGUGGCUGGUGAACUGAACAUUAAACUGAAGAAGGCUGGGCAGCGAUUAGAGCAUCAGGGCAUUCGCAUUGAGCUUCUGGGUCAAAUUGGUAAGUUAUUUUCGUCUUUUUGAUGUUUUAUGUUUAGAAGUGUACUACGACCGAGGAAAUCAACAUGAGUUUCUGUGUUUGACUAAAGACUUGGCUAGGCCAGGUGAAUUGACAUCAAAUGCCGUGUUUUCGUUUAGUUUUGCCAACGUUUCGAAGCCAUACGAAAGCUACAUGGGAGUUAACGUUAAAGUUAGGUAAGGACGGUUGUGUAUGGUUUAAUGGUGUUGAAACGGUUAUUUUUUGUUAUUAUGUAAAUUUAGCUACUAAUUUGCGUAUGUCAUGGGUUUUGCACGGAAUUGUAUGUUAUUUUAAUUUUUUUGAGUCAAAAAAGUUAAUUUGUUGCUUUUUUUUAUUUUUAGGCUUUUUAGGUAUCAUUUUGGUACCUUUUAAAAUUUUUUAUUAUAAAAUACGGUUAAUAUUUUAUUUUAAUGUUUUUUGCAGGUAUUUUAUCAGAGCGACGAUUUGCCGACGUUUAACAGACCUAACAGCGGAGAAGACUUUGAUUGUGCAUUCGUUGUCAGCUUAUCCAGAAAAUGAACCUAACAUCAAGAUGGAAGUUGGUAUCGAAGAUUGCCUGCAUAUUGAAUUUGAGUACAACAAAUCUAAGUACCACUUGAAGGACGUGAUAGUUGGAAAGAUCUACUUCUUGUUGGUUAGAAUCAAGAUCAAGAACAUGGAAUUGUCGAUUCUGAAGAAGGAAUCAGUGGGCUCAGGCCCAUCUUUGUUCUACGAGACUGAUACUGUGGGCAAGUACGAGAUUAUGGACGGAGCACCAGUGAAGGGAGAGAGUAUUCCGAUCAGAUUGUUCCUAUCUUCUUUUGAUCUGACACCGACGAUGAAUGAUGUGGGAAAGAGAUUCUCGGUCAGAUAUUACCUAAAUCUGGUGUUGGUAGAUGAAGAGGAUCGACGAUAUUAUAAACAACAUGUAAGUGGGGUUGUGUAGUUUUAAGGUCAUGUUACACUACGUAGAUAUACUUUUUAAAGUUUAAAAUAAAUUGUUUUACUUUUUGGAUUUUUGAAAAAAAGGUCAAAUUUCAAAAUUGUUACUUUUAGUAUAGGUACUAGUGCUUUGAAGAUCUAUGAUUGUUUUUAGGAGAUUAUCUUAUUCCGUAGAGCGGACAAACUUGCUCGUCGACCUCUAUGCGAACAGAUGAUCAACUCCACAGCAUCACAAUGUGAAGACAUUAAUGACAACAAGCCUAUCAGCGUGGGACCAGAGCCAGACACAGUAGCACCAGAAGUGGAUUGA